GAGUGAACGAUCUGGCAAUAAUUGGCUUUGGGUUGUCUGCGAAAAGGGAGCCGGCGAGAUUGAUACCAAUUGACAAUAUACUUGCGAAUGAGGGCGAAGACAAUACGGAGCAAUCAAUCCAUCAGUCAAUCAAUCACAUUACACUACGUUACUUCUUCGCACAACAAGACCUGGUGAAUUGUUCGCACCACGCUCUCUUUCUCUCCCCCUUCACGCAGUUACUCGAGACUCGCUCAUCGCACUGUUUACGCAUCUCACUGUCUGCACCACGAGCCUUCUCCCAACUUCCACAAACCACCUUGUUUAAUCACGCAGCCAACAUGCGAUUCUCCACUCCCGCAGCCCUUUUGACAAUUGGCAGUCUCUUUGGAGCUGCUGUUGCCCACAACAUCCAACUCGCAGCCCAUGGCCGAGAGUGCUUUCACGAACAACUCCACAAAGAUGACAAAAUGACGGUUACGUUCCAGGUUGGAGAUAGGGAGUUUGGCAGUGCUGGCAAUUUGGAUAUCGACUUUUGGAUCCAAAACCCCGCCAACGGAUAUGAGGCACACGAAAGAGCUGUAUCUAAUGGAGAUCACUCCUUUACUGCCAACCAUGACGGCAAAUACCUAUACUGCUUCAGCAACGAGCAUUGGUCGGCAUCUAGCAAGGAUGUAUCUUUCAAUGUCCACGGCAUUGUCUAUGUGCCCGAGGCAGAAGCUCCAUCGGACCCCCUAGAGGCAGAAGUUCGACAAUUGUCUGACCUCCUUGCUCAAGUGAAGGACGAACAGUCAUACAUUGUUUUGCGCGAGAGAACCCAUCGUAACACAGCAGAGAGCACGAACGGCAGGGUCAAGUGGUGGAGUAUCUUCCAGAUGGCUGUCUUGGUUGGCGAAGGUAUCUUCCAAGUUUGGUGGUUGAAACGAUUCUUCGAGGUAAAGAGCCACAGUACCGAACGCUACGGUGUUUUGAGCCGGUAGCUGAUUGACUUGCGUAGGUCAAACGCGUUGUUUAAGAGUGCGCACCAAGCAUGUUUCGUUCAACCAGUUCGGCGUACCUUCUGCAAUCAAUGGAGCGUGAUUUUGGGAAAUUGGGACAACUAUGUAUUAACAGUAUUCGAUUCGAAAUUCCGACUGAAGCUUUCUAUAUCUCUUGCGCGUUAUUAUGAGGUAGUGGGUAGCAUGCCCCUUUACUGACAUUCAACCCUUCUUCAUAUCGAGACAAUCUCAUAGGGCAGGAAAUGGAAACUCUUUUACACAGGAUAUCACACAUCGAAACCACCCAUAGUAUCAGGUGAUCCAUUGCUGAGUCUCAUGGAAUAUAAUAAACUAAUGUUCAUCCCAAAUCA